AUGAGGAGACAGAAUCAGAGCGUGAUCACCGAGUUUAUUCUCAUAGGCUUCUCAAACCUAGGGGAUCUGCAGAUCCCUCUCUUUUUUAUCUUUCUACUUGUCUACCUGACCACUCUGAUGGCCAAUGCCACCAUCAUGACUGUCACUCGUCUGGAUCGGGCUUUGCACACCCCUAUGUACUUCUUUCUCUUUGUCCUCUCCUGCUCUGAAACCUGCUACUCCUUGGUUAUUGUACCAAAAAUGCUGACCAACCUGCUUUCCACAAGCUUGACUAUUUCUUUCUCUGGGUGUGCUGCACAGCUCUAUUUCUUUGUGGGCUUGGCUUGUACCAACUGUUUUCUAAUUGCCGUGAUGGGCUAUGAUCGCUAUGUUGCCAUCUGCAACCCUCUCAACUACACACUCAUUGUUAGCCGGACCACCUGCAUGCAGUUGGUUCUAGGCUCCAGCUUCUGUGGUUUCCUGAUCUCUGUGGUUGUCAAUGUCCUGGUGUUUAGUGUACCCUUCUGUGCCUCCAAUCAUAUCAACCACUUUUUCUGUGACAUUUCCUCUGUCAUAAAACUGGGCUGCACAGACACCAAGCUGAAAGAGAUGGUCAUCUUCUUCCUCAGCAUUCUGGUAUUGCUCUUUCCCUUAGUGUUGAUAUUCAUCUCCUACAUCUUCAUUGUUUCCACCAUCCUCAAGAUCUCCUCAGUGGAGGGACAGUGUAAGGCCUUCUCCACCUGUGCCUCCCACCUCACAGUGGUCAUUAUCCACUAUGGCUGUGCUUCCUUCAUCUACUUGAGGCCCACAUCCCUGUACUCCUCUGAUAAGGACCGGCUUGUGUCAGUGACCUAUACUGUGAUCACCCCACUACUCAAUCCCCUUGUCUACACACUGAGAAAUAAAGAAGUUAAGAUGGCUCUGAGAAACGUUCUCCGUAGAUACUCCUUUCCCAAAACUGUAUUAGUAAGUUGA